GAUCAGGAGAUUGUAUUGCUUAUACACCGGCACCGGUACACACGCCCGAUUUCGAAGAAGUAUUAGAUGCAUCCUCUCUCUACCGGCACGGUGUGACGAACUCGAAGAAAAUUGUGAAGCUCCAGUGCAAGCUCCACAGAGCCCUCUCGCACACGCGUUUCGUAUGUAAAAUGUCCGUACUUGGCACCAACUAUGACUACCAUAGGACGUUCGAUGAACAACGCAACAAUCGCUGUGCCUGCUGCGUGCGUACAAUGAAAUGGUUUCCUGUGGUGUUCAUUGUUUCCGUCAUACUAUGGUCUUACUAUGCGUUUGUGAUACAACUAUCUUUCUUUACAGUCACUAGUAUUGUCCAGCGAAUUCUUUUUCUCCUCUUCUAUCAUAUUGUGCUGGUGAUGUUCUUAUGGUCUUACUAUAAAACGGUUUUUACCGACAUUGGCCGCGUACCUUCACGAUUUAAGGUACCACGGGUAGAACUUGAUCGACUUAUACGUGCAACGAACGAAGACGAGCAAAAGCAGAUACUUGAAACGUUUGCUAAGGAACUUCCGGUAGUCACGAGAACGCUGAACGCUUCGGUGCGUUUUUGCGAAAAAUGCCGACUGAUAAAACCGGACAGAGCCCACCAUUGUAGCGUGUGUGGUGUGUGUGUGCUCAAGCUGGACCAUCACUGCCCGUGGGUGAACAACUGUAUAAAUUUUACCAAUUAUAAAUUCUUCAUCUUAUUCUUGGGAUACGCACUGCUCUAUUGUUUGUAUAUCACCUUCACAACCGUGGCCUAUAUGGAACUAAUCUGGACGGGAAAAAUCGACGGGCGAUUCCACAUAUUGUUUCUGUUUUUCGUCUCAGUGAUGUUCGCAAUCAGUUUAGUGAGUCUCUUCGGCUAUCAUUGCUAUUUGGUGCUGCUGAACCGGACCACACUAGAAUCAUUCCGAACGCCCAUUUUUCGUUACGGUGGCCCCGAUAAGCAUGGAUUUAGUUUGGGGAAACUGAGCAACUUUCAAGAAGUCUUCGGUGAUGACCAACGGCUUUGGUUUGUUCCGGUGUAUACUAGCAUGGGUGAUGGUAUAGUUUAUCCUAUGCGGUGCUAUGAUGAGGACGCGGAAUCGCUUCUUGGCGGCCAGCAGCCACCGACAGACGAUGCGGAAGCUCUUCACGACUUCGAUGUAACCAUCUACAUGAAUGAGCGUGGAAAUUUAAUGAACUGAUGUAACAAAAGGUAAACAAAACGAAGGACUUCAUACUUACGAUCUUAUAAUAGUUUCCGGUGUCUUUACCAUUCCGAGUCGUCCGGGUUCAUCAUAGUUUUCGGAAACAAAAUGUUUGCAAAACUUCCAUUUUAUUAGUACAAAGCUUUAAAACUUUCAUUGUAUUUAGCUAGGAGAAAUGUUCAAACAAAAAGGUUCAUUAUAUUUUACUACCUAAGAUAAACAGAGAUUCUUUCGAUGUACCAUCAUGAAAAAUGCAAUGUACACGUAACAGGUCAAACAUGUUUUUGCAUGAUUUUAAAUAGUAAUAGUCGAAGCGACUUUUUGUGAAUCAACUGAUGACCAUUCCUAUCUACUUUUCCGAAUAAUUUCUAAACAAUAGUUGUGUCAAUCGUUGAUAAUCAACGACAACUCUAUAUUUCGGUUCGAUUGUGUUCUUUUCGGUAAAGUGUGGAUAACGAGACGAUUGUAAAGGAUUUCUGUGGAAAACCCGAAGGUAGUUAAUGAGAUGUAGCAGAUGUUGAAAU